AAAAAAAAAAAACUCCCAUUUGGAGGAAGAAAGAAAUACGGUGCCUUUGUCCUCAGACCAAAACUCUCUCUCUCUAUCUUUCUUUCUCUAAGAAAACCAUUUUCUCUCUCUAUCUAGUUCUUCAUCUCCUGAUCCUUCUUUGUUGCAUCAUUUUUCUUCUUUAUAAUCUAAGUUUUGGGUCGAAUUUGGUUUUUCUGUUCGUCCAAUUUGUUUUGUUUUGGUGGGUUUUUGUUGCAUGGUUUUAAUUUAUAAUCUAUAGAAAAGAUUCAAUCCUUUUUUCUAUAUCAAAAGUUGGGUUUUUUUUAUCAUCUAUGGAUCCACCUGGACUUCCAUUUUUUUGAUUCUUCUCUUUUUAGACUGUGAAUUAGAGGAAUAGAAAGGAAAAUAAAGAAUGGGAUUGGAAUCAGCUGGUGGGUUCUUUGAAAAAUCACUGAAGUUUCAAUAUUGACUUCAAAACUACAAUUCAAUUACUGAUCAAAAUUGGGGUUUUCUUACUUUUUCAUUUAUUUGUUGUUGGUUUUUCUGCUUUCUUAUUUUUGUGUGUUUUGAGUGGUUUCUAUUUCAAUGGAGCUAUUGGGGAUAAUAGUAAACUUGGGGGAUUAGAAAAGGUUGAUUUUUUGUUUUUGGGGGAUAGUUAUGGAUGAGGUUGGUCCUAGUAAUCAAGGAGAGCCUGAAGGGGCCUCAGAAUUGGGAUCAGAGGAAGGGUCGAAGGUGCGGUGGCGGCCAAGGCAGCUGGUUUUUGGGGCUUAUUCACCUAGAAAUGAAGCUGAUAGAAAGCUGCGAGUUGUUGUCAGGAGGCCUUUGGUGGCAAGACUGACAAAGGACAUAAUUGAAACAUACCAAAUAUGCAAUCCACAAUUUAAAUAUUCAGAAGAAUUGAACCCAAAGCGUUUUUUGACUAGUCCAUCUGUUGGUGUCCUCAAUGAUGGCUAUGACAAUGUGAACUCAGAUCUUAUUCUGACGGUGAACUUUGUCUUGACGAAUUUAGAAACACAGCGAAGAUAUAUUGUCAAAGAUGUUCUUGGUCAUGGGACUUUCGGGCAGGUUGCUAAAUGUUGGGUUCCAGAGACAAGCAGUUUUGUUGCUGUGAAGAUAAUUAAAAAUCAACCUGCUUACUAUCAGCAGGCACUGGUUGAAGUUUCUAUUUUGACAACGUUAAACAAAAAGUAUGAUCCGGAGGACAAGCAUCACAUUGUCCGUAUUUAUGAUUAUUUUGUGUAUCAACGUCACUUGUGCAUUUGUUUUGAACUUCUUGACACAAAUCUGUAUGAGCUUAUCAAGAUAAAUCAUUUUAGGGGUUUGUCAUUGAGCAUUGUUCAGCUGUUCUCGAAGCAGAUUUUGCGUGGACUGGCUUUGUUAAAAGAUGCUGGGAUAAUUCAUUGUGAUCUAAAGCCAGAAAAUAUUCUUCUGUGCACGAGUGUCAAGCCAGCAGAAAUUAAAAUAAUUGACUUUGGAUCAGCUUGCAUGGAAGAUCGGACUGUUUAUUCCUACAUUCAGAGCCGGUAUUAUAGGUCUCCUGAAGUUCUUCUUGGAUAUCAAUAUACGACAGCUAUUGACAUGUGGUCUUUUGGCUGCAUAGUUGCUGAACUCUUUCUAGGGUUGCCAUUAUUCCCUGGUGCUUCAGAAUUUGAUCUUCUAAGACGAAUGAUCGAAAUACUUGGUUCAUUUGACAGGACAAUAGCUGGGCAGGUAGUUGUCGUGUCCAAAUGGGAGAAGUUAUAUAGAGGACAACCCCCUGAUUAUGUACUAAAGGAGGCAAAAAACACAAGUAAGUUCUUUAAGUGCAUUGGGAGUAUCCACAAUACAGAGAAUGGUGAAGUCUUCAUUGCUGGCAGAAGUGCUUACCAAGCAUUAACAGAAGAAGAAUAUGAAGGUAGGGAAUUAAAAAAGCCGUUGAUUGGGAAAGAGUAUUUCAAUCAUAAGAACCUUGAAGCAAUUGUUACAAACUAUCCUUACCGGAAAAACUUGCCUAAAGAAGAUAUCAUCAAAGAAAGUCAAAUACGAUUAGCUUUGAUUGAUUUCUUGCGGGGACUAGUUGAGUUUGAUCCAGCAAAACGGUGGUCACCUUUUCAGGCUUCAAAACACCCUUUUGUUACUGGGGAGCCUUUCACAUGCCCAUAUAGACCUCCACCUGAGACCCCUCGCUUGCCUGUUGCUCAAAACAUUAAGGUGGACCAUCACCCUGGUGGAGGGCAUUGGUUUGCGGCUGGUCUUUCCCCUAAUAUUCCAAACAGGAACAGAGUUGCCUUCCAUAACAGCCCACACUUCCCGAUGGUGCCAUAUGGUCAUGCUAAUAGCUAUGGUAGUAUAGGAAGUUAUGGUAGCUAUAAUGAUAAUGCUGGGCUUGGAAGCAGCUAUGGGAGUUAUGGAGAUAGUAGUAAUAUGUUUGCAUAUUAUUCACCUGUUGGCCCAUCUGCAAUGAACGUGCAUUCACAAGGUGGUGCAUCAAUGCUUGGAAGUAGUCCUGAUGCUAGACGGAGAGUUAUGCAGUACUCUCAUGGGAAUGGACUUGGUGUGAGUCCAUCAGCUGGAAACUUUGCACCACUUCCCCUUGGCACCAGUCCCUCACAAUUUACUCCUCCAAGCUCCUACGGUCAAGUUUCAGGUGGCUCUCCUGGACAUUAUGGUCCUACUUCUCCUGCAAGAAACAGUUGUCAGGGAUCGCCUUUAAGUAAGAUGGCUGCAGCUGGCCAGUUUAAUAGAAGAAAAAGUUGGGGAUAUUCUGGAAGUUCCCAAUCUCAAGAGAGUUCAUCAUCAUCUAAUUGGCAAGGACAAGUAUCUGACGGCACCACUUCUAGCCAAGCUGAGGCAAACUCUCAAGUGGGCAGUGGUCUGCCCUGUCAUAUACAGUCAAAUUCUAACACAGCCAACUGGAAGCAGCAGCGAGGUGGCAUUGGAAUGGCUACAGGUUACCCAGUCAUUCAGAACAUACCCAACUCCUUAGGACUUGGUUCUAAUGUGCAACUGCAGCAUGGCACUGGAGCAGCUCAAGACAAGACAGAGGCCAGCAUGUCCCUGCCUGAUCCUGGAGAUUGGGAUCCAAAUUAUAGUGAUGAGCUUCUUCUGCAAGAGGAUGGAUCAGAUGAGAGCUGCAUAACAGCUGAGUUCAACAGAGGAAUGCAUAUUGGUUCGGCUGAUUCAUCUGUUGGAGUUGGAAGAUUCAACCGUGCUUUAACCACAAGCUCAAAUUUAUCAAUUCAAAGCAGACAAAAUGGACCUGUAGGAUUUUCACAUAUAGAAGUGGGUAGCCCUCCUUCUGCUAACGAUCCACAUGCUGGAUAUCCUCGUUUUAUAUCAAAGCAUUCUCACUUCAUGCCACAUAUGACACAAAAUUCUCCAAGUCGUCUGGGGCAGCAACCUGUUCAGCGGUUCAAUCAUGGGAGAUCUACUGUUGCUCGGGGUAGUGAAUGGAAUCACAUGAAAGUUCAGCUCCCUCCUUCCAGCUUUAGUUCUGGGGGCCAACGUUCUCCUGGAAAUAGUUCAUUCAGUAAUGGCAUGCCAUGGGGGCGUAGGACCAGUCAUCCUGUGGCAAAUAUUCCGCCAGCAUCUCGUGGAAGAAAGGACUAUGGAAGGAUUGCCUAAUGUUGGAAUCAACUUGAUUUUUUGCAGUGUGGGAUUAUGUAUUGGGUGUUUGGCAAGAAAUUUGUACUCAAUAGUUCACUUAACUAGUGAGCUCAUUCUAAGCAAAUGCUCAUCUGGACCAUGCUCAUUCAUUGUGCUUUGCAUAAAUAUAAUUAAUGGUGGUUGUUUUGCUUGUCAUCCAAUCAAUUGAAACAAAAUUGCUAUA